AUGCCUCACAAGCAUACGCGGAAGCGCAAAGCGGAGAGUGACACCGAUUUCAACCUCGCGCCCAACAGCGUUGCGAAGCCAUUACCAGCCUUCUCGAGCGAACUUAGACAGCCGCGCAAACCGGACGAACCCAAGCGGCAGACGCUCAAGCGCAAGCGACCGGGCAGCUCAGAUUACAAGCACGAUGAUACGCCACGCGCCUUUGCGCGGAUGAUGCAGUGGCAGAAUGGUGUCAAGCACGCAUCUGACCUUGACGAUGGAAAAGGCAAGAAGAAACGGAAGCUGGGCGAAAAACCAACUGUAGCUACUACAUCUGAGCCUGCGCCGGAGAAGCUUGAGUUGCCGAAAAUACUGCCAGGCGAGCGACUAGCAGAUUACAACGCCCGUGUAGAUCAAGCACUUCCCGUUGGUGGUCUGGCGCGUAAAGGCAAAGGGCCGAAGAUUGACGGCCUCAAGGAGCGGCAAACGAGGACUGAAAAGCGGUUGCACAAGAUGUACGCAGCGUGGCGAGAGGAGGACGUGAGGCUAAAGGAAAAGAAGGAGGAACAGCUCGAAGCGGAGGAGGAGGCGGAAGAUGAACGGCGGGCUUUGUAUGGCGAGGACUACAAUACGUCAGAAUUGCGGAAAGGUAAACGGCGGAAAGUCAUGGGCGAGAAUACGGAAGUGAAAGAUGAAGAUCCGUGGGCGAUAUUGAAGGAGCGAAGAGAGCGUCCGCGAGGGCUGCACGAUGUGGUUCAAGCGCCACCGAAUUUGAAGGUCGUUCCGAAGGAGAAGUUCAAGGUUCGGAAUAAUGCUAAGGUAGAUGUGACGAAUGUACCAUCUGCAGCCGGCAGUCUGAAACGACGGGAGGAGCUCAGUGAGGCAAGACGAGAUGUCAUUGCGCGCUAUCGAGCUAUGAUGAAGGGCGAGAGUGGGCUAUGA